AUGUUGUUUCCCUCUGUCGCCCUCCUUCUGGGCCUGAGUACACUCUCCAAAGCCCUCAGCACUCGUCAAACCAGUGAUGAGUAUGACUACAUUGUCAUAGGCUCUGGGCCUGGAGGGGGGACAAUUGCCUCCAAUGUGGCAAGAGCUGGAUAUUCUGUCCUGCUGAUCGAAGCUGGCGACAAUGCGGCAGAAGAGCCUUUUGGUGCCUACCCGGCAUCUUCAACAUGGGACUUCUUCGUGAAGCACCACGAAGAGGAAGCGAAGACGAUGAAAUUCAGGUUCCUUACCUGGAGAACAACCAGUGGGCAGUACUGGGUCGGCAACUCGGGACAGCCUUCUGGAGCAAAGUUGCUUGGUGUCUAUUACCCCAGGGGCGCCACUGUCGGCGGUUCGUCGAUGAUCAACGCGAUGGUGACGUACCUACCUCCUGAUAGCGACUGGAACUACAUUGCCAAUUUGACCGGGGACACCUCGUGGAGUGGUUCAUCCAUGCGAACGCUGUUUCAAAACAUCGAAAAGAACAACUAUCUUACAAAGGGUACAGCCGGUCACGGCUUCGACGGCUGGUUCCAGACCAACCUCCAGGCUGGUUUUGCUCCAGACUUGGCUUUGUCGCGCGCAGAGGCUUCUGCCCUUGGGAAAGAUUCCAACCAAGUCCAAAACAUGAUCAAUGCCGAUCCGAACUUCCUUGCCGCCGAUCGUGACAAGCAGGUUGGUAUCUGGGGUAUUGCAUACCACCAGAAUGGCCAGGGCCAGCGCUUCAGCUCGCGUACUCGCGUACAAGAGACACUGAACAACAAACAAUGGCCUCUAACGCUCAAAACAAACGCUCUGGCCACCAAGAUCCUCUUCGAUACCAAUUCCACCUCCUGCGGUGGGGCAGUGCCCAAGGCGACGGGAGUAGAGUAUCUCACCGGCCAGUCCGUCUACAAGGCUGACCCGCGCAACAACGGCGCUGCCGGUACAAAGGCCACAGCGCGUGCCCGCAAGGAGAUUAUCGUCGCGGGCGGCACCUUUAAUACCCCACAGCUUCUACAACUUUCCGGUAUUGGCCCGGCCUCGCUCCUCAAAUCGCUCAGCAUUCCCGUGAUCGUCGACUCCCCCGGCGUCGGCGCCAACCUGCAGGACAACCAGGAGAUGCCGGUCGUCGGGCGCUCCCAGAACGGGCAGGGCUCGGGUGGAGGGUACACUUUCAUCAAGACGAACCACACUUCGAACGACGAACGCGACGUCUGGUUCAUGCACGGCGGGCCCUUUCGUGGCUUCUGGCCCCCAGCAACGCGCUUGAGCAACCAGCCGGGGCCCCAGGACGCAGCCGGAACUCUCAGCAUGAGCAUGGUCAAGCAGCAUGUUGCCAACCGCGCAGGCACUGUCAAGAUCACGAGUACCGACCCCCGUGACCCGCCCGAUAUCAACUUCCGCCUGUAUACGCAGGGCCGUGAGACCGACAUGGGUGCCGUCAAGGACUUUGUCGCCUGGAGCCGCCGCGUCCACAAGGCCACGGCUGCUCCGGUCGGUCCAAUCACGACCAUUGAGCCUCCCUGUACGAGCGGCGAGGACUCAAACGGUAGCUGUGGCCAGACCGACGAGGACUGGAUUGAGGGUCAGACCUUUGGCCACCACUGUACGAGCACGGCGGCCAUCGGGCCUGACGGCGAUGCCAAUGCGGUUCUGGACUCCAAGUUCAGGGUGAGAGGCGUGGCGGGGCUGCGGGUUGCUGAUGCCAGCGUGUUCCCCAAGAUUCCUGGCAUCUUCCCUGCCGUCGCGACGUUCAUGGUCGGGCAGAAGGCUAGCGAUGCCGUGAUUGAGGAUGCCACUGGCCUUCACUGCUGA